AUGAAAGCAGAGUCAAGUUUCAGUUGCCAACAGUCGUACGGUAAUUUAUGCUUGGCUCUCAUCGCAGAAAUGCUGAGUGAGACGAUCGAUUUUGUUCGUUGGCAUCUGAAGCAAAUCAACAACUUCGAGAUCUAUCGAAAUUCCAAUCACUCACUACACACCGAUUAUAUUUAUAAGUAUGCAUUGCCAUUUGAAAAAAUCGACGAUCCCGUUGCGGCUACACUAUUUUUACAACGAAAUUGGUAUCACUCAAUAACAAUCUCAGUUGUCUAUUUUAUAAUGAUUAAAUUCAUUCAAAAAUUCAUGGAGAAGCGUGAAGCAUUCGAUUUGAGAACGCCGUUGUUCAUAUGGAACGCGUCGUUGGCCAUUUUCAGUACAUUUGGUUUUAUACGUUUCACUGAGGAUCUCAUUCACAGCGUUGUCACACUGGGAAUGUAUCGAUCGACAUGUUACACGAUUCAUCCGAAAAGUGUGGCUGCCUUCUGGGCCCUAUUGUUUGCGCUAUCGAAAAUCGUUGAACUCGGUGAUACGCUCUUCAUUGUGUUGAGAAAACGGAAACUGAUUUUCCUGCAUUACUAUCAUCAUGUUGCAGUUAUCAUCGGAGCCGCUCAUGCUGGUGCCGAACACGCCGCACCAGGCCGAUUCUUCAUAAGUCUGAACUACUUCGUUCAUUCAGUUAUGUAUAGCUAUUACGCAUGCACGGCCUACGGUUUACGUCCAUCAAAAAAAAUGGCAAUGCUCGUGACAUCUCUGCAGAUCUUUCAGAUGUUUGUCGGAGUAGCCAUUGAAUGUCUCGUUUUUGAUUACAAAACACGACAGAAGUUACCAUGUCAACAAUCAUACGGUAACAUUACGAUCGGAUUAAUCGAAUACACAUCAUUCGCUGUGCUCUUCAUUCACUUCUACGUGACCGCUUAUUACACGAAACCAAAAGAACGAUUUGCACACAAGAAGAUUGAGUAG